CUCCGCAGGGCCCCCUUCCCCCCUUCCCCCCCUCCCCGCCCCGGGCGAAGAUGGUGUCCCAGCUGAGCGCCCUCCAGCAAGAGCUGCUGGGCGCCCUGCUGGCUUCCGGGGCCACCCGCGAGGGGCUGGCCCACGCCCUGGAGGAGCUGCUGCCCGCCGCCGGCGCCGGGGACCGCGGCGGCGCGGGGGGCUUCGGGGUCAAGCUGGAGAACCUGCAGCUCUCGCCGGGCAGCGGCGGCGGCGGCGAGGCGGGCGACAGCAAGCCGGUCUUCCACACGCUCACCAACGGGCACGGCGGCGGCGGCAAGGGGGCUAAGCUGUCCGGCGACGAGGCCUCCGAGGAGGACGGCGACGACUUCGACACCCCCCAGAUCCUGCGGGAGCUGCAGGCGCUCAACACCGAGGAGGCGGCCGAGCAGCGGGCCGAGGUGGACCGCAUGAUCAGCGAGGACCCUUGGCGGGCUGCGAAAAUGAUCAAGGGGUAUAUGCAGCAGCACAACAUCCCGCAGAGGGAAGUGGUGGACGUCACGGGCCUGAACCAGUCCCACCUCUCCCAGCACCUCAACAAGGGGACGCCCAUGAAGACGCAGAAGCGGGCGGCGCUCUAUACGUGGUACGUCCGGAAGCAGAGAGAGAUCCUCAGGCAAUUCAACCAGACAGUCCAGGGUUCUGGAACUAUGGCAGACAAAAGCAGUCAAGAUCAGCUGUUUCUCUUUCCAGAGUUCAACCAGCAAAGCCAGGGGGGCCUGGUGGGGCCGCUGGAGGACCCUUGCGCGGAAGCGCCCAGCAAGAAGAUGCGCCGCAACCGCUUCAAGUGGGGUCCUGCUUCUCAGCAGAUUUUGUACCAGGCCUACGACCGGCAGAAGAACCCCAGCAAGGAAGAGAGGGAAGCCCUGGUGGAGGAGUGCAACAGGGCAGAAUGCCUCCAGCGGGGAGUGUCCCCUUCCAAAGCCCACGGCCUCGGCUCCAACCUGGUGACGGAGGUCCGCGUCUACAACUGGUUCGCCAACCGGAGGAAAGAGGAGGCCUUUCGCCAGAAGCUAGCCAUGGACGCCUACAGUACCGGCCAGCCCCACGGCAUGAACCUCCUGCUGUCCCACCACUCGCCUCACCACGGUCAGUCUAGUGCGUCCCCCCCGAGCAAAAUGGCAGUCCGCUAUGGCCCGCAGAGCGGCAGUGAAGUCACAUCCUCCUCUGCCAUCAACCACCACGGCGGCAGCGCUAUGGUGACCACCAGCCAGGCCAUACUCCAGCAAGUCUCCCCCGCCGGCUUGGAUGCCAGCCACGGCCUGCUCUCUCCGGAUGGUAAAAUGAUCACGGUUUCUGGAGGCGGACUCCCCCCGGUCAGCACCCUCACCAACAUCCAUAGCUUCCCCCAUCAUAACCCACAACAGUCCCAGAAUCUCAUCAUGGCCCCGCUCUCCGGAGUGAUGGCCAUCACGCAAAGCCUCAGCAGCUCCCAGGCGCAGAGCGUGCCGGUGAUCAACAGCGUGGCCAGCAGCCUGGCGGCCCUGCAGCCCGUCCAGUUCGGCCAGCAGCUGCACAGCCCGCACCACCACCAGCAGCUGAUGCAGCCGUCGCCCAGCGGGAUGGGCCAGCAGCCCUUCAUGACGCAGCUGCAGAAUUCGCACAUGUACACGCACAAGCAAGAGCCCCCACAGUAUUCCCACACGGCCCGGUUCCCGUCGACCAUGGUCGUCACGGACCCCAGCAGCAUCAGCUCGUUAACCAACCUGCCUUCGAGUAAACAGUGCCCACUUCAAGCGUGGUGAUGUUCCACACACCUGACUCCUUGUGCAUCUUGUGACCGGAAACGACUUCUCCGCAGCCCUCCUGCCAGUGCCUGCUGGCGACAGGGUCCUGGGUUCGGAUGCUGCCGUGGCUGAACGCAGACUGCCUGUCUGGAGUUGGUUUCAAGCUCGGGGGACCUCUCUGGCCUUCCAGAGACACGACCUUCCCGGUGACUUUGGAAGGGGGACGGAAGUCCUCGGAGACGGAGCUUCCCCCCCCGCAGUAUUUUCCAAGACUUGAUUGUCUCGAGGGACUCGAGAGCGUAUUUUCCUUCCAGAGGGUGUUUUGCCUCUCACAAGGGAGACGAGAACAAAAUCGAUCCUGAGAAGGAGCUUAAAGCAGAGUGAAAAGUGGGAGAUCAGUCCUAUUUAUACGGUUACAGCCUCCGCCCGAAGGGACGGGGGAGAGGAAUCGGGAGCUGUUACUUCGGGCCGGAAAGGAGGGACUGCCUGCGCUACUGAAGGGAGCCCAUGGAGCUGCCGAUAAAGAAAUGCCCCCUUUCCGGCUCCCCUCCUCCUUGUCCUGGUGGCCGUCCACAGAGAUGUAUAUUAAAGAAGUGCUCUUCAAUAGAUGUAUAUGGAUUUAAGUGCAAUUCCCCCCACCUGUACAUAGCCUCAAUAGAUUCUCGUAUUCUCUCUC